AUGUCUUACAACCACCGCCAACCCCCCUCGUCCUUGGAGUCGGUGCCUGAGCAACCACAACCACAACGUCACCUCGCUAUCAGCCAAUCACCAACGGAUCUCCCAGUCCUCUCACAAACAACAUCACACCGGAACGAUGGUCACUCACCAUCGCCGUCACCGGUCCCCAAUCCCAAUAACGGCAAUAUCACCAAUCCGCUCGCCGCAACCCUCGGCUGCGCAACGGUGACAUACCCUGAGGGUGGACGCAAGGCAUGGUCGGUGGUACUAGGCUCUUUCUGCGGCAUGGUCGCCUCCUUCGGCAUUAUGAAUACUAUCGGCACCUUCCAGGCGCACCUCUCCGAACAUCAAUUGAGUGGGUAUGAGGAAGGGCAUAUCGGGUGGAUUUUUUCUGUGUAUGCCUUCAUCAGCUUUGUCGGUGGGAUCCAGAUUGGGCCGAUAUUCGAUUGUUAUGGACCCAAGUGGCUUUUGGUCAGCGGGACGGUAUCCAUGGUCGCUAGCUUGACGCUUACGAGCGUUUCACAGUCUUAUUGGCAGUUUAUGUUGUCUUUUGGUAUACUGGGAGGCAUGGCUACAUCCCUAAUCGUCACGCCCGCCGUCGCCUCUAUCGGCCACUGGUUCCUCAAAAGGCGCGCGUACGCCACCGGUGUUGCUACGACCGGCGGGUCGGUCGGCGGCAUCAUAUUCCCACUAAUAAUCCAAUCUGCGACACCCAGAGUUGGUUUCGGCUGGGCCGUUAGGAUCGUGGGCUCUGUCUGUUUGUUGCUAUUGAAUUGGAAGAGCAGAUUCCGGAGGAAUAAGAAGGUGCCUAAGAAGGAGGGCCUCGACGUAUCUAUCGACCUAAUGGCAUUCAGGGACGCCCGGUUCGUUCUUACGACCCUGGGAGUGUUCAUGAUAGAGUGGGGCAUCUUCGUCCCCUUAAAUUACAUCACCUCCUACGCCCUCUUGUACCUCCACCUCCCACGUGCCCUCUCCUACCAACUCCUGGCAAUCCUGAACGCCGGUUCGGUGUUCGGCCGCUGGCUCCCCGGCCUCGUAGCGGAUAAGAUUGGGCGGUUCAAUACGAUGAUCAUCACCGUCACCUUCUGCCUAGUAACGACGCUAGCGUUGUGGCUGCCGUCAGCGCACAUGCAUGGCGGGGACCAAGGCGGGACCAAGGCGCUCAUGGUCGUGUUCGCCUUGAUGUAUGGGUUCGGGAGCGGGAGUGGGAUCUCUCUUACGCCGGUUUGUGUCGGGCAGAUUUGUGAGACUAGGGAGUAUGGGAGGAAAUAUGGGACUUGUUACUUUUUCGUCAGUUUUGGAACACUCACGGGCAUUCCAAUCGCCGGACAAAUCGUCCACUCGACGAACGACCAGUUUACGGGACUAAUCUUGUUCACCGCCGCGUCUUAUAUUGCCGCUGGCGUGUUCUUUGUUGCUGCCAGAGUUGCGGGUGCCGGUGCGGGGCUUCGGACCGUUUAUUAAGUAUAUUUUAUUGUGUGAAUGUGAAUAUUUCUCGGUUAGCGCAUUUUGUGCCCGGUCAUUCAUAACCUGGAGAGGGCGUUUUGGACGGUACAUGUUUGAUAUAUCUUGUCUAUAGCUAUUCCGAGAAGGGACACAGAAAAAGGGAGAAAGAUCGCGAUGAAAUUACGACCUUGGCACACAGAAACACCAGUUGGGGUUUUAGAACUUGGGGCUUUAUCAUAUACCAAAAGAAGAAACCCACCAUAAGUGGGGCUAUCAUAGAUGUGCGCAACAUUUCCCACACGAGCAUUCACAGCCCUACUCGAGCACACAUGAUUCUCACGCUCGAGGCGUAUGAUACGAUACACCAGGCACCACUCCAAGAACCAACACCCAACCUCAUUAGACGAACAAAUCACUCGCCCAACCACUCAUACCCCAGACUCACGAUACGUACAGUACAGAAUACCUGCCUUCAUAUCUCUUGCAGUGCGGCAUUAGACCAUGUCGAAUGGCCGAGUUGCACCGAGAGGCAUCCAUGAAUGAGGUCUAUUCGCUACCGCUGAUAACCAAAGGUUGGGCACGAUAUAGACGGGCGAGACGAUUUAGGCAUUGCAAGAUUGGGGAUUGUUAAAUGGUGGGUUUUCGGGGGGCUGUGAGGGCUCUAAUGAUGCAGUGGGGGAACUUGAGAUGGGAGAGGGUGCUUUGGGGAAGAGUCCUGUUUUCACUGUCGGGUUUUGGGAAGGUUGGAGGGUCCGUUUUGAACGGUGGCGUAAUUAUUCGGUUAUACUGGUGAGGCACUUUACUAUGAUAUACUUGCGCUUUAUACGAGAUAGUAAUAUUAUGAUGUCGUGCUCU